AGGCCUGCCGAUGCGGUGCAGCCAGCAGCCAGGCGACCAGGCGAACAGCACAGCGCGCAUACACCGCUUUCGACAAUAGCCCUACGACACCGGUGGACCGGAUUGUUGAGUAUGACUCCAAGAUUGGAGCAUCGCAGCAGAUGUUGUUAGUUUCCUAUUUCGGUUGGUCUUCGAUGAAGCUGUGUCUACUCGCCUUGUGCGUGAGCAUUGUUGUGCCCGACUGCGACCCAAUAGACACAAGACAUCGUCAGCGCGGGGUCGCAUUUCCAUCGCUCAGGUCCUGGGCCAGCUCGAACAGUCCAUUGCCGGUCUCAGUGUUGCACGACUGGUCGGCCGUCAGAUCACUGCUGUGGUUGCAUUCUUGGCCGGCGGCUCGCGAAGCGCACCUCGCACCGAGGAUCGGACGUGUGUCCUGCAGUAAACCGCGGAACCAAUAAAGCCACCGAUAAUUCAUCAGAGAAUCUCCCGGAGACCGCGUCAAGUCGCAAUGCGCUGGAAUGAACCCCGCAUUUCACUCGGUUCAUCUAGUUCACAUCUCAAAGGUGUUUUCUAGACUGGUCGCUAUGGACGGAGUUU